UGUAGUCAGUUUUUGGCACAGAGGUAUAACUUUUUAGGUUUUGCGGUUUGCUGUGCUUGUCAUCGUGUAGAGCACACGAGUAACGAGCAAAGGCAGUUGAAAUUUCUCGUUAGAACGCAUGUAAAGGGAACUACUAGUAAUUCUUAAAGGUGGCUACCACGUUUUCACGAGAAUUACCUUGUCCAACCCUGCCUGUUAUGCGGUGGUGAACGUCGACAGUAGUGACGGAUGAUAGUGUUAUAGCACGAAGAUUUCUGAUGUUCUGAAGUUUCCCGACGAAAGAUUCAAGCUACUACUGCUAACGAUGUGCAUCCUGAUGUAACUACAUCGAAAUUACGGUAGAAAGUAGAAACAGUGACGCUCACUCGACAAGCACAUAGAAAUAGAAUGUCAGGGCAUAGAGGCAGUGGAGGGUCUGGGAGUCAUCAAGGAGGCCCACCUGGCCUUAAACAAAUAGAUUUAGAUCAGAUCUGGGGAGAUCUACGUGAGGGUAUUGAGCAAGUCUAUAACAGGCAAUGCAUGUCUAAACCAAGAUAUAUCGAUUUGUACACACAUGUAUAUAAUUAUUGCACGAGUGUUCAUCAGCAGUUAACUAGAACAUCGAUUAAAAGUAAAAAAGGACAAAUUUCUCAAGGAGGUGCACAGUUAGUUGGUUUGGAGUUAUACAAACGUUUACGUGAAUUUCUUAGAAAUUAUCUUAUUAGUUUAUUAAAGCAUGGAACUGAUUUGAUGGAUGAAGAUGUAUUGCAAUUCUAUACGAGACAAUGGGAGGAAUAUCAAUUUAGUAGUAAAGUAUUAAAUGGUGUAUGCGCUUAUUUAAAUCGUCACUGGGUACGUAGAGAAUGUGAAGAGGGACGUAAAGGAAUUUAUGAAAUUUAUCAGUUAGCCUUAGUUACGUGGCGAGAUAAUUUGUUCAAGCACCUAAAUAGACAAGUCACAAAUGCAGUGCUUAAGUUGAUUGAACGAGAACGCAACGGGGAAACAAUAAACACGCGUUUAGUCAGUGGUGUAAUUAAUUGUUAUGUAGAAUUGGGUUUAAAUGAAGAGGACCCUGGUGCUAAAGGACAAAAUCUUACUGUCUACGAAAAUUCGUUCGAAAAUGUCUUCCUUGAGGAUACAGAAAGAUUUUACACUCGAGAAAGUUCAGAGUUCCUCAGACAAAAUCCAGUAACAGAGUAUAUGAAAAAGGCAGAGCAAAGGUUACUGGAAGAGCAAAAACGGGUACAACUGUAUUUGCACCAAACAACGCACGAAAGAUUGGCAAAAACGUGCGAGAGAGUGUUAAUUGAGAAACAUUUAGAUAUCUUUCAUUCUGAAUUUCAAAAUCUGUUGGAUGCUGACAAAAAUACGGAUUUGGGUCGAAUGUAUCAACUAGGUGCAAGAAUAUCAAAUGGUCUUGGGGAAUUGCGGAAUCUUUUAGAAGGCCAUAUAGCUAAUCAAGGAUUUGCAGCUAUCGAUAAGUGCGGCGAUUCUGCAGCUAAUGAUCCAAAGGUCUAUGUAAACACAAUUUUGGAAGUUCAUAAAAAAUACAAUGCUCUAGUACUUGUUGCAUUUAAUAACGACAGUGGCUUUGUGGCAGCUCUUGAUAAGGCUUGUGGAAGAUUUAUUAAUAGUAAUUCUGUAACUAGAGCAGCAAAUAGCAGCAGUAAGUCACCAGAAUUACUUGCAAAAUAUUGUGAUCUAUUAUUGAAAAAAAGUAGUAAAAAUCCAGAAGAAGCAGAACUUGAGGAUACACUCAAUCAAGUUAUGGUAGUGUUCAAAUAUAUCGAAGACAAAGAUGUAUUCCAAAAGUUCUAUAGCAAAAUGUUAGCAAAACGAUUGGUACAACACAUGUCUGCCAGUGAUGAUGCAGAAGCUUCUAUGAUUUCUAAAUUGAAACAGACUUGUGGUUUUGAAUAUACUUCGAAGCUACAACGAAUGUUCCAGGAUAUUGGAGUGUCUAAGGACCUAAAUGAACAAUUCAGAAGACAUUUGACAAACUCUGCUGAACCACUGGAUAUAGAUUUCAGUAUACAAGUGUUAUCUUCUGGUUCGUGGCCGUUUCAACAAUCGUUUACUUUUUCAUUGCCAACAGAGCUAGAAAGAUCUGUACAUAGAUUCACCACUUUCUAUAGUUCACAACAUAGUGGAAGAAAGUUAAAUUGGUUAUACAAUAUGUCCAAAGGAGAAUUACAUACAAAUUGUUUCAAAAACAGAUAUACGUUGCAAGCGUCCACUUUUCAAAUGGCUGUUUUGUUACAAUAUAAUGGUUCUACAUUAUGGACGAUACAACAAUUACACGAUGCUACACAAAUAAAAAUGGAUUUUCUGCUUCAGGUUAUUCAAAUACUGUUGAAAGCUAAGCUAUUAACAGCAGCUACGGACGACGAAAGCGAAUUGACACCGCUAUCGACGGUGGAACUUUUUGCAGGAUAUAAAAACAAAAAGUUGAGAGUAAAUAUUAACAUACCAAUGAAAACGGAACUGAAGGUCGAACAAGAAACGACACAUAAACAUAUAGAAGAAGAUAGAAAACUUCUGAUUCAGGCAGCAAUUGUUAGGAUUAUGAAAAUGCGGAAGGUAUUGAAACAUCAGCAACUGGUCGCUGAAGUAUUGAAUCAAUUAAGCUCUAGGUUUAAACCAAGAGUACAUGUUAUUAAGAAAUGUAUAGAUAUUUUAAUUGAGAAAGAAUAUCUGGAGCGCACAGAGGGUCAAAAGGACACUUAUAGCUACCUGGCAUGAUCAAGUUGAUCUAGGACAACGAUACAGCAGCAACCAUAUACACGAACGAAAGAUGACUCUUCAAUAUCAUUGCUACCAUGCUGUCACAAUAUUUAUUUAAGUCUCGUACUUUGAAUCUCGUACAUUUUCCUUGUACAUGGAUGCCCUUGUACCAUGUUGUCCCUCUGGUCGCAUUUAGAGUCUUGAUUUUAUAAUAUGUUAAUAAAAUCAUUUCAUAGUCAAGCUGCUAGGUGUGUUACUGUCUGUGACGCCUUCGACGGAAAUUGAAAUAUCAUUGAAUUUUUAUACGAUAUCGUGUUAUGAAAUGAAAAAUGCACGAACUUAAUUUUUUAAAUUCAAAACGUUAUAGAGAACAAUAAAAAUUGCAUUCUUGAAGUUAUAAAUUGUUUAAUAAAAUGGAGAAGAUAUAAAGCUAAUUGUGAUAAGAAUAGAAUGAUAAAACAUCCUACGAAUAUUGUUAAACUUAUUAAAAGAUGAUUGAAGUAUGUUUAAGUUACACAUUGAUUGAUAAGAUAAAAAGCUGAGCUCUUUUUUUUCUUCUAAUAACAUGAAGUCAAACCGUUCGUGUAUGACUUUCUGAGACUGUAAAAUAAAAAA